AUGUCCCAACUAGUAGUCCGCGCCUAUAAAUUCUGGAACUAUGUUCCCUCACUGCCAGCAGCAGCCAUCUUCAUGCUGGUAUUCCUUGCCCUGACAGGUCUUCAUACCUGGAAAAUGAUCAAGACCAAGACAUGGUUCUGCAUCCCCUUCACGAUAGGCGGAGUCUUCGAGUUCAUCGGUUAUAUCGGUCGCUGCAUGGCACACAAGAACACUACCACAAUGGGUCCAUAUAUCCUGACCAACAUCUUCACACUCCUCGGCCCGACGCUCUUCGCCGCCUCGAUCUACAUGACCCUCGGCCGACUCAUCAGAUCCAUCCAUGCAGAACACCUAUCCGUCAUUAAAAUCACCCGACUUACAAAGCUUUUUGUAUGGGGUGACGUGAUCUCUUUUGUGGUCCAAGGCAAUUCUUCCGGUCUCUCUGUUCUAGGAUACCCUGAUUGGGCCAAGCUCGUCGUGAUCAUCGGUCUUGCCAUUCAACUUAUCUCGUUCUCGGUCUUUUGGAUAAGCUCCUUCGUUUUGGAGCGACGGAUCCGUCGCUCGCCUACUGUUGAGUCUCUUCAGACUACCGUUCCUUGGAAGAAGUUUCUUUAUAUGUUGUAUGCUGUUAGUACGCUGAUCAUUAUUCGUUCUGCUUUCCGGGUUGUUGAGUAUGUCCUGGGUCAGGAUGGGUAUCCACUUGAAAAUGAAUGGACGCUGUAUGUAUUUGAUACGGUUCCUAUGUCUGUUGUUAUGGUUGUGUUUUAUAUGUGGUUUCCUGAUUUGUUGAAGCCUUCUGCGCGGGAGGGAGACGCUUUACCUUUUGUUCAUACUUAUAUCUCGCUGGAGGAACCAGCUAAAUGA